CAGGUUGCAAAUCGUCUUGAGUGUCUUCCGGUGCUGACCGGUCAAGUCUCAUUCACACGAAGAACUAUUCGCUUUACCAAAUAUCGACUACGUGACAAUGAGCUCGGCAGGGAUUGAGGCAACAUACGACGACCUCGUUCCCCGAGGCUUACAGCUAUGGGGUGGCGGGCAAGAAGACAGGGAGUUCCGCCCUGAUACGCUUUGCAUGGUCGACAUCAUUCUAGUGUCUGGAUUAGCAUCACAUCCACUGUAUACUUGGUGGCGCCCGAAACAAGUCACGAGGCAACGUACACAGGUAUUCGACUUUUUCCUCGAUUCCUGGGGAUCACAUCCUGAUCCACGAAGCGCGCUGGACAACCUGGGCAUAAUCCAACCAAAACAACUUGACAACACCUACCCACCAACGUCAGUCACACCAGAUCAUGGACCGCAUGGAUGUUUCUGGCCGAGAGAUCUGCUCCCACACCAUUUCCCCCAGGCCCGAGUUUGCACUUACGCGUACGAGAGUCGAUGGACCUCUACUGAAUACUCGACGACAAUCGAAGAAUGUACUCGAGAAAUGUUGCGUCAGCUCAUGGAAUUUCGAACGUCGGAAAGCGCACGGAUCAGACCCAUCAUAUUUAUUGGACAUAGUUUCGGAGGUCUAGUAAUACAGUCGGUCAUGAACGCGGCCAAGGCCGAUUCUAAGUAUCGCUCAAUCGCUGAUUGCUGCCGGGGCAUCAUAUUCCUCGGAACGCCCUUCAAAGGAACCGGCUUCGCGAGGAUCGCAGGUCUGCUGAAUACACUGACUAGUAACAACCAGCCUAUCAUACAAGCGCUCAGGCCGCAAGAUGAAAAGUUACAAGUGUUGCAGAGGGAGUUUGUCGAGAAUUUCAGUCACGAUCCGCCAUCGAUUGUGUGCUUUUACGAGACCAUCAAGACGAGAAGCGCCGGAACCUACAUCGUUUCGCAAGAUUCUGCUUGUUUAGAGUUUCCCGGAGUCAAACACAUUCCUAUGUUUGCCACGCAUUCGGGAAUGAACAAAUUCAUCGACGAAAAUGACGGAAAAUACCAGCUGCUAAGCCGUGAACUUCACAAAAUGUACCGAGAUGUUCUCAAAGCUGGUACAAGCCCAAGAGUUCCGGAUGAUCGUGCAGCUCAGCAUACAGCAUCGGAUCAGCUACCGAUUUUGAGACGAGCGACCACGCUUGGCGGUGUGCCACGGAAAGCGGUCCCGGGCUCAAAUGUGCAGAGAGUACACCCAAAACCGGUAUCAACGUCUCAGCCUCAUCGACCUCGCACAUCUGAGACCUCUUCGCGAAGCAUGAUGCGGCGAGAUCUAUCGACAGAUGUAAUACAUGGUGAGCCACCAAGCGAUUUCCGGCCCACCACAAGCGUAGCUCCAAUCGGCCCUGAACGCCUGGUGGACAUGCCCGACGAUCUGAAAGCGUCAUGGGAGGCGCAACAGAAGAGGAAAAGAAACGAGGCUUUGGGGAUCACUGAUGAAGUAGAGGAUCGAUCAACCAGUCCUGGAAUCGAAGCUUCGGAAGUGGGAUCACUCCAUAGCACGGCCCAAUCGCCCAAGCCUGCAUCCUUCAAGCCUGCAAAGGACCGCAGUCUCGAUGUGACACGCUAUCCCAAAGCUUCCAAGCCCAGGACCUUGCCGACAGCUGGGAGUGAGGUAGCCUUUUGGCAAUAUGACCCACCAGUAAUACGUCCGGACACAUCACAAGAGACUCACAUUGGAGGCAGCGAGAAAGGUAUUAGGGGCCUUUCUAAAAGCCCGCUCACUACUUCGCGCGUCAGCGCCACAACAUACUGUUCGCUAGUUGAGGAGAAACUUGCAACUAUAGCUACAAGGAUGUCAGACGGCCAUGUCGAUAAUGCAAUUAUAAUCAUUGCAGGGUUCUCCAACACAGGGAAAUCACAUUCGGCAAAAUUGUUCUUGCAUAAAAUUCAUGCCAUUGCGCCCGCUUUCAGAAUUCUAAAGACCAGCGCAGUUUCGAAGACGUCUUCGAAUGGUGCGAAAGCAACAAUCGAGGAGACUCAUGCUAUAUCGUCACGACCCGGAUAGAUCCUGCGCCAACAUACUCGCAUAGUAUGGCGCUGAAGUUGGUCACAGAUCGAAUGACUCUUAAUGCUGCACAAGCCUUGCUCGAUCCAAAAAGGAUCAAUUACCGGGGUUCCCACGACCUGAGUUGGGCAUUGUCAUUGUUUCCCGGCUCAAUUAUCAACGCGAGUCAAUUCAUCCACAACACAUCCAUCCAGCCGAAUGAAUACCGCGAUUGCGUACAAGAGCUACUUUCACCCCUGCAUGAAGCGACGAGUAGUACUCUGUGGAUCGUUUUCAGAGCUGCAGGCCACGCCAUCGCAGAAAUGAGAUACCCUGAAUUGGCGACGAGCUCAUCGGGGCCAGAGGGAGCGUUAGUGGGAAGACUGCUUCCGGUGCUGAUGAA